CCUCCAAACUCCAAACUAGAAGCAAACAAAUAACAAGUUAUCCUUCAGAUUCACUUCCACAUCUCACAACCCCCCACCCCCUUCUUUCCUCUUUUUUAUUACCCCAUUAUUGUUCAGGGAAUCAGCCUAGCCAAGAAGAGAUUACAACGCCAAAAGCUAAGUCACACUGAUCAGAGCAACGAAAAAAGUACACCAACAAUGUCUUCCACCCCAACAAAUGAAUGGCAAACCUACUGGUGUCAUGAAUGUGACCUCAGCAUCCACCUUCUCACCACCACCACUCCUCUUUGCCCUCACUGCCACCAUGACUUUCUUGAACUCAUGGACCCCAUUCCCACCUCCACCACCGCUGACACCGCCACUUUCCUCCUUGACAGCCCCUCCUUCCUCAACUUCCUUCAACAUCUCAACACCAAUAGCCAUUGCGAUUGUGAAGAUGAUAAUACAAACGCCACUAUUGACUCGAUCAUCCCCACCAUAAAAAUCACUUCUUGCAUGCUAGAAAUGGAUCCAAUGCUUGUGUGUGCAGUGUGUAAAGAUCAGUUCUUGAUUGAUGUUGAGGCCAAGCAGCUGCCCUGCAGUCACUUGUACCAUCCAGGCUGCAUUCUCCCCUGGCUUUCUAACCACAACUCUUGUCCUCUCUGUCGCUUCCAGUUACAAACGCCAGUAGUCAGAGAGGAGAAUUUGGAAACUUGGUCUCCUGAUCAUCCUCAUCAUGAUGCUAAUCAUGAUCAUGUCGGGGUUUUGUCCACCUCUCUUCCUCCACACUUUUGAAUUUGAAUGCAGGUAAAUAAACGCUUCUGGGGAUUUUGGGUUUUUGGUUUGGAAUUGAUCCAGUGAGGUGUAAAUCAACAGUGAACGAUUGUGUUACACAAAGAACUUGUGAUGGUUGUGCAUCUCCUUCUCCCCUUCAGACUUUCACUAUGGAUAUUGUAAAGUAAUACCUUGUUUGGGAUUGGAUUUUGGCCAGAAAUACAGCGUGGUUGAAUUGAUUUUUCUUCGUCC